AUGUCGUCCUGCGGGAAGGAGGUCUCGGCCUGCGGCGGCUGGAAUUGGCCGUUGUGUUGGUGUUCCUUGUGCACGUCGGCGUCGAGGUGCAGCUCCUCGGAUGCUGGCGAAGCCGCUGGCGCUCGGCGCGUCAGCUGGCUCUGGAAGAGGUUGCGGCGCACGCUCGCAGCGGACGGUACCCCGCUGCGUACUUUGGAUACGCCCGACGCGAGGGUCCGGGAGGAGGGCGCGUGUCUGUCUGCCAUCUGA